AUGGUAGAUAUGCAACGUCACUCCUUCGAGGAAACCUCUACAGGCAGUCACAAACAUCCAUUGACUUCGCACUCUCGAUCCGAGUCUUCCAGAGACAGUGGACCUGUCCAAUUAACUGAAUUUGCAACUAUCAAUUUGCCAUUUUUUGAAACACCUACUUCUCAAUCAUCAUUGUCAAAGCCCAAGACCCAACAUGCUCUGACACCCGUCCCUCGUUCCAAAGAAAACCGGGUCUCCUCACCCAAAAGAGGUCGCAGCAGAGUGAGAACCACUGGAAAUGCAGUAGCAAGAAGUUUCUUUCGAAGUCCUAUGUCGCCUGAUAGAUUCAUUCCAAAGCGAGACUUCGAGGAACCAACAUCAACAACCUUUCGUGUGGCCAAGCAUCCGCAGCGUCUUUCGCCUCAAGAGAGACUACUUCGACGACUUCCUCCCGGUGAUGAUCCAUUUCUGCCCACAAUCCCACGUAGGGCUUAUGUUGCCAACAGACCCCAGCUGCCAACUCGACUCCAGCAGAUCCCACAUCAACGGCCUCGUCUAGUCACUGAAGGCAAUAUCACAGGCAACAACACUACGCAUGAAUCUUUGAGACAGGUCAGCUCCGGCGCAGUCUGGAACGUGGGUGGAGCAUCUGCAGUCCUCGAUAGUUCCCUUGUCGUGGCUCCUCAUGAAACGCCGAGCACUUCGACCAAUGGAUCAUCUGCCCCAGUCUUCGUGGCUCGGUUUUUACCCAGAAAACCCAAGUACAGUGAACAAGAAAUACAUGAGUCGAGGCUUGCCCUUGCUUUGGGAAUCGACCCGACGACCAGACAGCUAGGUACUACUUGUCUGCGGUAUCUGGAUGCCCCCCUCAAUCCAGCAUCUCCAGACUUCGAGCGCCUCUCCCCAUUUGAAUGGAAGGACAGUGCUUGGAAGCAAAUUGAAAAGGAGCGUUAUAAAACAUAUAUGAUAUUCUUAACCCAACUUUUGGAAUUGGCCCUUAUCUCCUACCAGAAAAGAGAUCUGCACCCCUCAAAUUAUGUCACCUCCUUGUCAUUUUCUUCUGAGGAUGGCGAGCGAAGCAUUCUUGCAGUGGCCAGGCGGUCAGGUCAGUUGUCUCUAUGGAGCACAUUCGAGAAGGAAGUCCGGUUUGAGAUCAGUCAUCCCAGUACCAUUACAUGUGUGACGUUUAAGCCGAGAACAUCACGGCGACCUUCAGAACGGUUCAUGCAUAUGGAAGUCGACGUGGAAGAGAUUGUUGCAGGUGACGACUUUGGAAAUAUCUGGUACUAUUCAGUCGAGUGGUCUGACGAAGAAGAUCAAGCUAAGUGGAAUUGGAACGGGUCCAUGACGCUUCUUGCCAAGAUCUGUGCACACACUCAACAAAUCUGUGGACUGGCAUGGUCACCCGAUGACAAAUACCUUGCCACGGGUGGUAAUGACAACGCCUGCCUUCUCUUUGAGCUGGCUGAGAUUGUUUCGCCACAGCAGAUGAGUUAUAUGGUCCCACCCAUCACGCCCCCGGAUUCUCCUAGCAGCUUCAGCCUCGGUGUAUUUCCAUACUUUCCUCUGAGCACCGCAAGAAGACGAUUGUUUCUUAGACGACCUGCUCUCCCAUCAUGGCUUGCUGCUCCAGUCAAGCCUCCGGCCGAAUCUGCGCUUUUAAACCAUGCAGGCACUGUGAUCUCCGGUGGGGGACGAACUAUUCUGGUCCCAUACGGUCGUCACAAGUAUCGUCUGAUGCACUCCGCUGCGGUCAAGGCAAUUGCAUUUGCGCCAUGGCAGUCAUCCCUGCUCGCGACGGGGGGAGGCACCAAUGACAAAGCUAUACACUUCUAUCACACCCGGAGCGGAGCUUGUCUCGCAACCAUCAAUGUCUUCGCGCAGGUAACCAGUCUUAUAUGGAGCGGGACUCGACGCGAGAUCGCCGCUACUUUUGGUUAUGCACAGCCAGAUCACCCAUUUCGAAUCGCCGUCUUUGCCUGGCCCAGCUGCGCACAGGUGGCCGUCAUUCCCUGGGGGCCCUAUGGAACCACCUGGGAUGGCCCUGAGACUCGAGUUAGCAACUUCGACUGCGGAAGAGCACUGUGGGCAGUACGAUAUCCAGGAAAAAUCCCUCGUUUCUCGGCUACACGCUCUGCUCGGCCUGACAGCCAGUCAUCUUCACCUUCGUCCUCGUCAACCCAGACUGGGUCUCCAGAACAAGAGACCCCGACCCGUGGCCGCAAGGUCAGUAGCCGCAGGGUUGGUGCUAGCAUGGUCACUCCCAAGGAAAAAGAAGGUGGGAUGUGGUGCACACGAACAAGGGAGGAGGGAUGCAUUAUUGUCGCGUCUAGUGAUCAAACCGUGAAAUUCCAUGAGAUCUGGACCGGAAGAAGAACAAGCACUGACUCUGCUUGUGGACUCUUCGGUGGAAGCGACAUUCUUGAAGGCCUCGAGGGCAUUGAGAAGUCUGGUGGUGAAGUCAUUCGUUAG